CUUGUCGCCUUGCGUGUAGCCUCCCUGCCCAUUUACUAGCUCUUCUCUGUCUUGUGUCCCUCUCUUCCUAUCUCUGUCAGCCUAGCUUAGUAGUUUUGCAGGCUAGUACGGAGAGACGAGGGCUGCUCCCUUUCGCCUCUGCUCAGUCUGCCUAGCACACAGUACCAUACAUUCCUCACCAUGGCUGCCACGGACGUUGACGUAUUUUCGAAUGAAGAGAAGCGUAACCUGAGUUUGGGCGGCCAUGUUGGAUUCGACAGCCUCCCUGACCAGCUGGUCAGUAAAUCGGUCACACAGGGAUUUUGUUUUAACAUUCUCUGUGUAGGAGAGACGGGUAUCGGCAAGUCAACGUUAAUGAACACGCUCUUCAAUACCAUGUUUGAGAACGAAGAGGCGAGCCACUACCAGAACGGUGUGUACCUUCGGCCGCGAACGUACGACCUGCAAGAGAGCAACGUCCACCUCAAACUGACGAUUGUUGACACCGUUGGCUUCGGUGAUCAGAUCAACAAAGAGGAUAGUUACAAGCCCAUCGUCGACUACAUUGACACUCAGUUUGAAAACUAUCUCCAGGAAGAGCUGAAGAUCAAACGCUCGCUCUUUAACUACCACGACACCAGGAUCCACAUCUGCCUUUAUUUCAUCGCCCCAACAGGACACUCCCUCAAGUCCCUGGACCUCGUCACCAUGAAAAAGCUGGACAGCAAGGUCAACAUAAUUCCCAUCAUUGCCAAAGCGGACACAAUCUCCAAGAGUGAGCUCCACAAGUUCAAAAUCAAGAUUAUGAGUGAACUGGUGAGCAACGGGGUUCAGAUAUAUCAGUUCCCAACGGACGAUGAAGCCGUCAGCGAGAUCAAUGCAUCCAUGAACGCCCACCUGCCGUUUGCUGUGGUUGGGAGCGUGGAAGAGGUCAAAGUGGGGAACAAAACCGUGAGGGCCAGACAGUACCCCUGGGGUGUCGUGCAAGUCGAGAACGAGAGCCACUGCGACUUUGUAAAACUCAGAGAGAUGCUCAUCAGGGUCAACAUGGAGGAUCUAAGGGAGCAGACCCACGCCCGCCACUACGAGCUGUACCGACGCUGUAAGCUGGAGGAGAUGGGCUUCAAAGACACAGAUCCCGACAGCCAGCCGUUCAGCCUUCAAGAGACAUAUGAGGCCAAGAGGAAAGAGUUCUUGGGGGACCUGCAGCGUAAAGAGGAAGAAAUGCGACAAAUGUUUGUCAACAAAGUAAAAGAGACCGAAGCAGAGCUGAAAGAGAAGGAGAGAGAGCUGCACGACAAGUUCGAGCAGCUGAAGCGGAUGCACCAGGAGGAGAAGAGGAAGGUGGAGGAGAAGCGGAGAGACCUGGAGGAGGAGAUGAACGCCUUCAACAGGAAGAAGGUGGCUGCCGAGACGCUCUCCUUAUCUCAGCCCCUCAAGAAAGACAAGGACAAGAAAAAUUAAUUUAUGGGCGCUGUAUACCCUCCCACACACGACCAUGGAUUUGUCCUCCAUCACCAUAGCAUCGACAACACCUGUUUCUUUUCUUUGUUCGUUUGUUUGGCUUUUUGUUUUGUUUGUUUUUGUUUUGGGUUUUGACAUUCCAUCUUGACAUUGUGCACAUGGACCAAAGACACUGAGGCGGAGGAGGAGGAUGAUGGUGAAGCCACAGCAGAGAAAUAAAGAGUGAAAGAUGGUGAGCGAUAAUAAAUAAAAAUGUUGGCUUGCCAGCAGUAGCCAUCUCAGUUAUUCAGGAUUUUUCAUUCUAUGACAAGUUUUAUAUAUAUAUGCAUUUUGUUUUUGUGGUGAUUUUCUCUUCGUUUUUGUGUGUGUGUGGUUGUGUGUGUGUGUGUGUGUGUGUGUGUGGAUGUGUGUGUUUUUCCAUCAGCUAUUCACACAGAAACAAGAGAUUUGGGCCCUUCAAACCUUUCGGGUACUACAGUGUAACACAGUGGGCAGGGCAUUUGAAACCGUUCAGUCUGGUUUUUGUUUUUUUGCUUGAUUUUAUAGGACUGACAUUUGAAUUACCAGUUGAAGAGAUCCGUGAAAUCGAGCCGUUCCUAAAGUUUUUAAAGGUCUUUGAAAAGUUGUGGAGUGUCUGUUAACCUUUUUGUACUCAUGAGAAUUUAGAGUAUGUUUCACCGUAGAAUAAACCCCUGUGUCGAACGAGCCCACGUAAUACAUUUAAAUAGCUUUAUGUCGAGCAAUAAAACUGAGUACCUGUAUACUGUAUAUAUCACUGCAUAGGUACUGACAACUUAAACAUAGUCUUGAGUCUCAAUAAAAACGUAUGCAAUAUUCUGGUGCUGUUUCGUAUUAACUCAAUAAAUGUAUGUGAAUAUUUUCUAGAGCUUACCCAGCUAAAUAUGCAAAAAUGUACUAGUUUUUAAUAUGAUACUAUUGUAAGAAGCACAUAUGAUGGUGUACAUUGUCCGUAAGUGAUGUAACUUUAUUGUAAACCUUGAGUGACCACCUUGAGUGUUGUUGAGUGUUGUGACAGUGGACACAACACCAAGCCAGUAUAUAUACACACACACAUGUACACACACACACAGAGGAUUCAGGAAAACAUACAAGCCUCAGCUCGCUGUAGAAGAGUUUACACUCAGAGAUGGAGAGAAGAUAGCAGCUGUAUUUACUGUCCGUCGUUGGAAAUAAAUGCAAACCCCCUCCCCC